AAACCGAACGCGGCGAAUGCAGACCGCCUGGACGAGGAGAUCACCGUGAUGCGUCUCUACAUGAACAAGAUGAAGACCGAGGCGAAGUCCUUGCAGUCACGCGUCCACCAGCUGGAGGAAGAACGUGUUCAGAACAUACAACUCAUGCGCAGGUCUGAAGAGGAGUCCAAGGUCUUUGGCAUCCGCGUCCGCGAGUUGGAGGUCAAGUUGCUCAAUCUGACCGACAAGGCGAACGAGUCAGAGUCCCGACGGCGCCAACUGCAGGACACUGUGGACUCCCUGAACUCCGAGGUCGCAAUGAUGCGGGCCAAUGAGCAGCUGUUGUCGGGCGCCGGGGCCUCCAACCAACAGAUUCUGGCCGGUCAGUCCGAAAUCCGCGAGAAGUUGGACGAGGAAUUCAAGCGCCAGAGUGAACAGUAUGCCCACCAGACGAAACAACUACGUGCCGAACUGGACGCCAGGGACAAACGCAAUGAGGAGCUGAAAGAUGAAGUUGAAAAGUCCGCCUCUACACGCAUUCGCAAACAUCGGUUGGCAGUAAACAGGUUCGACCACCUUUCCCAAGUGGUUAUUCCUACCCUCGAUACCAGGCACGCUCUAGCUUGGGGCAAAGCUCGCAUUAUCGAAGAAGGCCGAGAGUUCCGCGAGGUCAUGCAUCAAUUGACUGGUGAGAACAGCCGGCUCACCUUCCAAAUGGAGAAGGUCUCGGAGGAGAAUAAAAACCUUCGUGAACAACUGGAAUCAACUUUCAGUCGACUAGAAAUUCUGGAGAAGGAACAGGUGAAGAGCGACCAGGCCAAACAGGAUCUGCGCGGCCUAGAGGAGACCAUCGCCAAAGAGCUGAACAGCCUGACGACACUGCGUCAUCUGUUUCUACAGAAUUUGCGGAACCGAGUCAAAAAGGGAAAAACACGACAGGAAGAGCGCAAAAUGCAGAAGUCUUUUAGCGUAAUUAGUACAACAAAUUUAAGGUAA